CCGAGUUUACAGCUGCUGAUUGUAUCACUGAUGAUGACCAUGAUGAUGAAGAAGAACACUGCUGCUUCAUCACAGAACUUUUGUUUCAACUCGACGGUGUUGAGGACACAGACAAAGUGCCACUCCUGCAGCAUCAGCCUGUUGAUGAUGUGUCCGUCCGGCUAUAAAAGGAGUCCUACAAGCACUGUGGUUGGCUGCAGGUACAACAUCAAGACGGUCAGCCUGAACCUGUCCAUCAGUGGCUGCUCCUUCGAGUGCUACAGAGAGGUGGAGAUGAAGAGCUGUUGUCCUGGUUACUGGGGUCCAGACUGUGUCGAUUGUCCAGAUCAGGCCGGCAGACCCUGCAGUGGUAGAGGAACCUGCUGGGACGGGAUGGGAGGGAACGGUACCUGCACCUGCCAGACGGGUUUCGCUGGAACUGCCUGUGAGGACUGUGCGCCUGGUCGUUAUGGACCCACCUGCAGCUCAGAGUGUUCCUGCAUCCACGGUCUCUGUGAUUCUGGUCUAAAAGGCGAUGGUCUAUGCACUUGCUUCUCUGGAUACACAGGUCCCAAUUGUGACCGAGAGUUACCUGAGUGUGCUGCGCUCACCUGUCAGCAGAACUCACGCUGCAUGGAAGAAGCUCUGACAGGAAAGCUGGUGUGUCAGUGUCUGCCUGGAUAUGAGAAGUCCGGAUCCCAGUGUAUCUCCAAAAACCCUUGUGUCCAGCCGGUCUGUCAUGUCCAUGCUUCCUGUGUCCACACCGGUCCAAACCAGCACCUGUGUGCCUGCCAUGAGGGCUACAGCGGUGACGGACGAGUCUGUAUGGCAAUAGAUCCAUGUCAGAUGAACCAAGGAGGCUGCUCCCCCAAGUCAACCCGCUGCAUCUACAAUGGGCCAGGAAAGUCUCACUGUGAGUGUCUUCCUGGGUACGAGAGCCUGUUGGACGGCAGCUGCAGUCUGAGGGACGUCUGCAGACCAGAAUCCUGCCACAUGAAUGCCAACUGCUCCACCACAGAACCGGGCCGAGUCGAGUGCACCUGUUUUCAGGGUUACGUGGGUAACGGGAAGGUGUGUUAUGGGAACAUCAUGCAACGGCUGGACGAGCUGAACACAGAACCUGGAGGACAGUGGAGGGGCCAGCUGGGAAUUGCCAUCUCUCUGUUCAAUCAUGUUCGAUGGCAUCUGACCAACCUGGGUCCUUUCACCGUUUUCAUCCCCAUCAAUAAAGGCUUCCGGGGAUUCUCGCUAAGCACUCUGUCAGCAGACAUGUCCAAAGCCAGGUACCUGUGUAAGACGCACCUGGUUGCCGGGGUGAUGCCGUUUGACACUCUGAAGAAAAUUGAUGUUUUCUACACUAUGACGGGAAAAUCAGCAGAGACUGACACAUCGUUCUCUCAAACCAAAAUCCGUAUCCAUGGCAGCAGGAAGAAAGGCACCGUAAUCCAGUCUGACCUGAUGGCGUCCAACGGGAUGAUCCACAUCAUCAAUAAGCUGAUGGACAGUACCUCGGCCACCGUGGACAGCAACAAAGAUGAGAACCUGAUGCGCAUCAUCUCUGAUUACGGCAAAUUCCAGACCUUCAAAUCCUUAAUGGAGGAAGCCAAGCUGGUGUCCCUCAUGGAUGCUCCAGGGCUGAUCACUGUCUUCGCUCCCACUGCUGCAGCUUUCGAUGCGAUGACGGAGGGACACCUGCAGCACCUUAGAAGUCCAGAUGGUCACAAUAAGCUGGUGGAGUUCCUGAGGAACCACAUAGUCCAGGAGACCGCACUGGAAGUCUUUAACUUGGUGUCCAGCCCCACGAUUGUAACAAAGGCCAAUCAGGCUCUGACCAUCAACGUGACAGAAAAUGGUCAGAUCCUGGUAAACGGUGCAGCUGUGUUGGAGGCGGCCGUGGAGGCUAAAAAUGGACGUCUCUAUGUGAUGGAUGGAGUUCUGACUCCGCCCUCCAUCUUACCUGUCCUGCCCAACAGAUGUAACAUCACGAAGACUGAAAUCAUGAACAAGGCGGUGUGUAUGAACUGUUCGGCGACCUCUCGGUACCGCUGUCCAUCAGGAGUUAACACGGGACUCUCCACCCCUGGAUGCAUCCUCCCUCUGCUCAUCGGCUCUCCACCCAUCAUGUUACCACAGACAGGCUGCUUCCCCCUCUGCAACACCACUGUAACGACUGUGGCGUGCUGUAAAGGCUUCUAUGGUCCAGACUGCACACCUUGUCCAGGUGGAUUCCAGACUCCCUGCACCGGACAUGGCCAGUGUAUGGAUGGUGAUGGAGGAAACGGGUCAUGUAUCUGUGAAGAGAACUUCAGGGGAUCUCGUUGUCAGUACUGCUCGUCCUCCACCAAUUACGGACCCAACUGUGACAGAACCUGUCCCUGUAUACAUGGCCAGUGUGACAACCGUCCGGACUCGGACGGCCGGUGUAAAGUGGACUCGUGCGUUCGGGGUUACACGGGUCUGUUCUGUGAGCGACGUACAUCGGCGUGUGGUGGUCAGGUCCAAUUCUGUCAUGCUCACGCUGACUGUGACUUCAGCCAAGGAGCGCCCAGGUGUGUUUGUCAGCCUGGUUUUCAAGGUGAUGGGAUAACCUGUGUGGAGUCGGACCCAUGCGCUCCACCUCUCAGAGGUGGCUGCAGCGUGAACGCGAAAUGCAUAAAGAAGGGCCCAGGAACGCACAUUUGCCAGUGUUUGACAGGAUGGACAGAGGAUGGAGAAGAGUGCCAACCAAUCAACAACUGCCUUGGUCCUGACAAAGGAGGCUGCCACCCCAAUGCCACCUGCAUCUAUGUUGGACCCGGACAGAGUGACUGCACAUGUAAAGCCGGCUACAAAGGAGAUGGGCAAAUCUGUGAGGCUGUGAAUCAGUGUGUGACUGAAAAUGGAAGCUGUCACUACCUGGCUACCUGCCGCCUGAUAUCCUAUCAGUGGAAGUGUGUCUGUGAUGACGGAUAUGUUGGAAAUGGACACCUGUGUUUUGGCACAGUUGAACAGGAGCUGAUGAUUCUGCCCAGCGCCACAGACUUCUUCACCUGGACCACCGACUCUGGUCUGUUUCCAUCUCUGCCAGAUCAGAACAUCACCUUCAUGGUUCCAACAUCUGCUGCUGUGGGUAAAAUGUCCUCCGAGGACAAAAACUUCUGGACCACAACGGGGAACCUGCCGAGUCUGAUCAGGAAUCACAUGAUUUCUGGGAACUUUCCACUGUCCAAGCUGAAAGACAUGUCCUCUGUGACGUCCCUACUGUCUACUGUGCUUCCUGUUUCUACCACCAGUGAGGUCACGUCUGUGGGCAGAGCCACCAUCAUUACCUCUAACAUCGCUGCCACCAAUGGGCUGAUCCACCUCAUCGAUCAGGUUUUGAUUCCUGACAGGAAGCUGAGUGAAGGUCUGCUGGCGACACUAGCACUAAGGCCUGAGUUCUCGCUCUUCAGAUCGUACCUCAUCGAAUACAACCUGACAAAUGAGAUUGAGCAAGCCGAAGAGUUCACUGUCUUUGCUCCGACAGACGCCGCCAUCACCAAGUAUCUCCACGAUAUGGCCGCCACAGCCUUGGAUGUGAACACGACUCGUUACCACGUGGUGGCGUCAGAGUGCCUGCUGAAGACCGACCUUCAGUCUGGAGGAUACAAACAGACGCUCCUGGGAUCCUCCUUUGAGCUUGCCGUCUUCCCCCGAGAUGGAAAGCUGUUUGUGAACGACGCUCAGAUCAACUCCUCCAGCAUCCUGAGCAGUAAGGGAGUGGUUCACGGUUUGUCAGCCGUCCUGCGCAUCAACAGAAACCGCUGCAACAAAGUCUGGUACCAGAGUGUCUUGGGAGAGUGUGUCGACUGCUUGUUCCAGAAGAAAAACAUGUGCUACACCGGUACCACCCCUUAUCAACCUCUCAGGUCCAGGAGUUGCAUCUUGUCCCGGCAGUUCGAAGGACAGGUCCUGGUGAGCAUCGGCUGCAGAGCCAUGUGCCUGCGGAGGAUCAUCGAGCCGAGGUGCUGCGAUGGCUUCUUCGGGGAGCACUGCAACCCAUGUCCUGGUCCAAAAGGGCAGCCCUGCUUCGGUCAUGGAGCGUGCUCGGACGGCGUCAACGGAUCGGGAGUCUGUCUAUGUAACCAAGGCUUCAAUGGGACGGCGUGCGAAACCUGCCAGAGAGGCAAAUAUGGCAUCCACUGUGACCAAGAUUGUGUCUGCAGGAACGGGCUCUGCAGUGAAGGCCUGAACGGAGACGGUACCUGCGAGUGUGACGUUGGCUGGAGAGGCAUCCACUGUGACGAAGAGAUCCAGUCCACAGCAGGUGAACUCUGUGGAUCCAUGAAAUGUCACAGCAGUGCAAACUGUAUGAUCCAAACAUCCGGCCCCCAGUGCCUCUGCGCUGCAGGUUUCCAAGGAAACGGGACCUUUUGUAAAGCUGUGGACCCAUGUCUGGUGGAUAAUGGUGGCUGCAGCCUGUAUGCGGUCUGUAAAAGAACCCGACCAGGUCGCAGGGACUGUGUGUGUAUCAGCGGCUUUACCGGCGACGGAUUGGUGUGUGUUGAGAUAAAUCCAUGCUUGGAGGGAAACGGAGGUUGCCAUGCCAACGCAGACUGUAUUCAUGUGGGACCAAACAAAACGUCCUGCAUCUGCAGUGCAGGUUACUACAAAGACGGACAGAACUGCAACAUGGUGGACUUGUGUAAGAAGAAAAACGGUGGCUGUCACAGGUUUGCUGUCUGCAACAUGACGGGUCCUGGCACUCGAUCCUGUAAGUGUCUGGGGAGCUACGUCGGGGAUGGUAUAAAGUGUAAAGGCACCGUGGAAAAGGAGAUCAAGGCAAGGGGCUUGAAGAACUUUUACUUUGAUAUGGUGACGAUGGAGGUUUCCCUGAAUGGUCGGGGCCCGUUCACUGUCUUCGUUCCGGAGCUUCAGAUCUACAGAUCCAAAUCCUUAUCCAUGCGGGAAUGGCUGCCGAGGCACAAAGAAACCUACGCCAACGUCCUACGCAGCCACAUAGUCAUGUGUCACACGCUGCUACCCGCCAACCUGAGGCGACCUCAAAACCUGACGUCACUGUCUGGACUCAUCCUGACCACCAGCUCCAAACAGGAGAAUAUCUUCAUUAACCAGGCAAAUGUGACGGACAGUGACGACGUCAGCGUUAACGGGAUCAUCCACGAGAUCGACAGGAUUCUGUUUCCUCUGGACAUCAACAAGGACAAUAUCAUGUUUGUUCCUGACCCAAAGACACUGAACCUGACAGAUGUUGCAGAGGAACAUGGUUAUAAAACCUUCUACAAACUGCUGGAGGACACAGGUGUGUUGGACCUGGUGAAGGAUGACAUGUACCACCCAGUGACCAUCUUCCUGCCCUCAGAUGGCGCCAUGGCGUACCUACCUCAGGAACAGAAGGAUUUCUUGUUCCACCAACACAACCGACCACAGCUGCUGGAGUACCUGAAGUACCACAUUCUGCAUGGCAAGAAGGUUUAUGCUGAAGAACUGGUCUAUCUGGACUCACCUCGGACUCUGCAGGGUUCACCACUCUCUUUCUCCUGCGGCGGGUCGGAAGAAAUCGGAGAACUCUUCAUCAAUGAGGGACAAUGUAGGAUCAUUCAGAGACAUCUGGUCUUUGGAGCCGGGAUAGCCUACGGGAUCGACUGCCUUCUGACUCCGCCCAGUCUCGGAGGACGCUGUGAUGAGGAGUCGACUUUUGACAUCCUGAUGAGCUGCAGCCCGUGCACAUUGUCUGGAACUCGCUGUCCCAACGGAUUCAAACAGAAGGAGGUUCAGAAGUGUGACCUUCCCACCAUGCACGUCAGUAAAAACACCGGCUGUCGGCUUGUCUGCAGCUACAACUUCUGGAAGUCAAAGUGUUGUCGCGGUUUCUACGGACUUCACUGUCUGGCUUGUCCAGGUGGAGCCCAUGCUCCCUGCGGGAAUCGCGGUAUUUGUGAUGAUGGUCACCUUGGUAACGGUACCUGCACCUGUGAUGUGGGUUUCGGAGGUACAGCCUGUGAGCUGUGCAACGCCGGGUUCUUUGGACCUACCUGUAAAGCCUGUAACUGCUCUGAGAACGGGUCAUGUGAUGAUGGGCGCAAAGGAACCGGCCAGUGCUUCUGUGAGGACGGUUGGACUGGAGACCUAUGUGAUGUCCAGCAGACUGAGGUGUUCCAGUGUUUACCGCCCUGUUCUCCCAAAGCCAUCUGUAAGGAAAACAACACCUGUGUAUGUCGGCCAUUUUAUGUAGGCGACGGAUACACCUGUACAGUGGUGGAUGUCUGCAGUGUCUGGAAUGGCGGCUGUGCUAAAGAUGCCAAAUGCUCCCAGGAAGGAGAAAAGGUAAGCUGCACCUGUCCGAAGGAUUAUUCUGGAGAUGGUUUCACCUGCCUGCCCAUCGACCCCUGCGUCUCUGGGGACAACGGUGGCUGCCACGAGCACGCCACCUGCUCCAUGACGGCUCCGGGGAAGAAGAAGUGCACUUGCAAGGAUAACUACUUGGGGGACGGACUGUCCUGUGAGGUCAUGCAGCGGCCAAUCAGCCGCUGCCUCCAGGACAAUGGGCAGUGUCAUCCAGAUGCCAAAUGUACCGACCUCCACUUUGAAGAUGCUACGUUGGGAGUUUUCCACUAUCGCUCAAAGCAAGGUCAAUACAAGCUGACCUAUGAUGCAGCUCAGCAGGCCUGCAUGGCACAGGGAGGUCGCCUGGCUACGUAUAUUCAGCUGUCCUACGCUCAGCAGGGUGGGAUGAACAUAUGUGCUGCCGGCUGGCUGGACCAGGCCCAGGUCGCAUACCCCACCACCUACUCCAACCCCAACUGUGGUUUCGGGCACGUUGGCAUUGUGGACUAUGGGGUCCGAAAAAAUCUGAGCGAGACCUGGGAUACCUUCUGCUACCGGAUCAAAGAGGUGAAGUGUGAGUGCAAAUCAGGCUACAUGGGAGACGGGUUCAGUUGUGUGGGAACCCUGCUGCAGGUCCUCAGGGCCACGCCCUCCUUCUCCAACUUCCUCACACAAAUCCUGAGCAACUCUGAAGCAUCUGAGUCUGGCCGGCAGUUUCUGAAGCGGCUCAGUGACACGUCACUGCUCGCCACGCUCUUCGUACCUGACAAUGACGCCCUUCCAGGCAACCAAACUCUGUCCCAGCGAGACAUCGAGAUCCACCUGUCCUUGGGUCAAGCUCUUCCUGUCGACCAACUGAAGAAUGGCAGCCGAAUUCGAACGGCCGUAGGCAGUCUGACUGUCCUCGGAGUUGCCAACCUGCUUGACCCAUCCGCUCUGUCAUCCUAUUACAUCAACAACCGCUUCGUCACUCAGUCCGACGUUCCCGCCUCAAACGGGAUUAUCCACGUCCUCCAGAGACCGCUGGAAGCCUCUCCCCCUCACCAGCAAAUGCUGGCGGCGCCUCGGGCUGGGAUGGGGGUGGGCGUGGUGCUGCUGGUGGUUCUGGUGGUGGCGGUGGUCUUUGUUGGGUACCACUUCCACCAACACAACACCAAGGCCUUCCAUUUCCACUACUUCAAGGAGGACGACGCUGAGGACGAAGCUGCAGCAAACUACAGCCACAGCAUCUGUAACCCGGUUUACGAAGCCAGUCCAGAACUGACUGAGUCUGACAAACCUGCCGUCACUGUGGAGGAUAAACAUGAGGUGGUGGACGGAGGUUCAUAUGGCCUGCUGCAGGACAGCUGAGACUGUCCGACCAGACUGGACCCAGCCAGAACUCCAUCCGUGUUUCUCGUCAUCGCCAGAGGAGAUUCACAACAACCAAAUAAGUGGUGUGUUUAGAGCUGCCGUAAAAACAAGUUUCCACCUGAACUGAUAGAAAAUCAUUUGUAAGCAGGAAGAUUUAAUGAGCUGCUUUCUGUGUUUGUGCCAUUAAAAGCAAAUAAAAGGCAGAAAAAUUGGACAAAUCUUUCCUUUUUUUUUUUUUUACUUUAGUCCUGAUAAAAAAACUUUCAGUCUGAUCUGACUCAGAGAUAGUCGGCUUUCUUUCCUGCUGAAGGUGAUGAUGGUUUACUGGUUUCCAACUAGUAGAGACAGAAAAAGGUCCGAAUCCUUCCUGACAGACUUUUUCCAGCCAACACCGUGAAUCGGAUCUUCGUUUUUUCGGACACUUGGUUCAGCUGGAAAUGGGCGGAGUGGAUCCAAAUCACUGGAAAAUGUCUCGUUCAUAGGAUGUCUCCAAAGACCAUUAAAAUCAGGAGUCAAAAGAAUUAAAUAAAAACCUGAAACCAGGUAUAUUAAAUUAUUUGAUUCUGUAUAUUCAGAAACCUGUCUUUAUCAUUCAUAAAACCUAGAACAUAUGAAUUGAUCACAUGCAUCAGUUCACAUGUCUCGCCCAAAAUGAAAAGAGAAAAGCUUAGAACAUGGAUGGGUACAAAGGGUCAUCGGUGGUCCUGUGGGGCUGGUGGAAAACUAGAAGUCACCAGCAGUGCAGUGGCAAGUUCAGUUCCCCACAGUCACAUUUUAUGUUGUAUCUGGAAAUUGGAGGGAUUGGUCCUUGGUCUUCUCUCCAUCCUAAACCGAGGUGUUAUAUAGCAAAUGUCUAACAAUGUUUACCAUGUUUAAUGAUACGGUCCUGGAUCCAUCCUUUAAUCACAGACUACACAUGACACAUCUAUAGUGGGUAGGAAUCUACCUAUCAACCUAUCCUAUCUAGUCCUCCAUAAUGAGGGGGAGCUCAAACUUCGUCCUAGCAUCCUGGCUCCCUCUUACUGCAGCAUUACCUAUGUGUUGGUGUGGGGAUGGGAGGUCCUGUGCCAGAGUUGAACUCCUGCAUCCUGUGUGCAACAGAUGACCACCUAGCUGCGCCAUCUAGCCCCAGUUGUUGUUCUGAGACACCACGUCAGUUUAGGAUGGAGAGAAGACAGAGGACUGAUCCUUCCGAUAUCCAGAUGCAACAUAAAAUGUGACUGUCUCUGAUCUG